AUGGAAUCGAUCGCAGUCAAUUGGGAAGCACUCGACGCACUCGUAACCGACUUCGCAAAAUCCGAGCAGUUGAUCGAAGACGCGCAAUCACCUCUGUUAUCGCCGUCAACCACGACAUUCGCUUCGCGAUUAUUGAUUCGUCAGAUUAGACGGUUAUUAGAAUCCGGUGAAAUUGACUCCGCCAUUAAUCUCCUUAGAGUUCACGCGCCAUCCGUCCUAGAUGAUCAUCGCCUCCUAUUCCGCUUGCAGAAACAGGAGAGGAGCGACGCGAUUCAGUUUGUGGAAGUGAAGGAAGCCCACGACACACAUGAAUACCCUGUUCACGGCCAAAGCUAUUAA